CAAGGGUUGUUUACUGUUUAUUUUGCCUGAAAACUACACACACGAACCGUGGAAAAUCGUACAAAGGAUCCGCUGUUUACAGUCAGUAAGAGCAUGGAAUUCUACCUACAUCGUUAGAGCACUGUAGCGGAAGUGGUUAGCAAGAGUACUUUAUCCUCCAGAAGACAGUGUCUUCAAUCCACAACAACAACAAGAAGUUUCUUCAAAGCAAACUGCCAAGGCAUUCAGAUUCCAAAAAUGGCAGGAAACUUUCCCAACAGACAAUUUCUCAACGACAGCCCGGGAGGAAAUAUGAGCGGGAUGGGGCCGAUGAGAAUGAACCAACUAAUGGGUUUCAUGGAGCCACCAGGGUUUAACGAUCAGCCACUUGAGUUCUCUGGAGCAAUGAGAAAUGAACCAAGAAUCAUCGACGGUGAAAAUAUGGCUAGAAAUGAAGAUAAUGGAGGUAACGGCAUUCCACCAGAUAUGCUCAGAAUCCUGCAGGGUCAGCUGACAGGGAACCAGUGGGGUAUGGAACCAGCUAUGGGCAACUUCCCCGUCGGAUUAGACUUCAUGCCAGGAGACCAGACGGGCCCGGGACAGUUCCCUACUGGACCUAUGGAUGGUGGCUUUCCAGGGGGUAGAGAACCAACACAGAGGAUACUCAGUGGCAAUGGAUUUACACUCACGUCACCUCCCCAUGGGAGACCGCAGUUAGCGUCACGAGAGAAACCGGUUGGUUGUUGCACCAUCUUUGUGGGGGGUCUCCCUCCGCUCUGCACCAAUGAAAUGGUGAAAGAAAUAUUUGAAAACUUUGGACUUAUCAAGAAACUCUUGAGAGUUGUGAGACGAGCCUACUGCCACAUCCAAUACGCAGACGAGAUCUCUGUUGAUAAGGCUUUUGAAGUCUCAGGUUACAGAAUGCGAGUUGAAGACAACAGCAGCCCAAGGUACUCGGGAGUUCUUCGCGUCGAUUACUCAGAGUCGAGAGAUGAUGAGGAAGAAUACUCAAGGAGACAGGACCAUGAGGAGAGAUUGAGACGAGAGGAGGCGAGACUUGCACGGAGAGAAGAAGAGAAGAGUAUGAAGCUAUCCAGACACUCGGAUCAUGAGGCGCAGAAACUCACCGAUAAACUCAAAGGAGAGGAGACUUUCUCGGGUGCGCUAUCCAUCUUAAUCAACUGGCUGGAUCGAGGAGAUUGUAGGAAGCAAACGGCCAACAGUUUCUUCACACUCAUCAAAACGGCAUUCAGUCAGACUAGGCGUUUAUCGACGGAGAAGCAACGACUUGACGACCAGAUCAAAGCGAUGACGGAAAUGGCUAACAAACAAACCGGUGACAUCUAUUCUCAAGUUUCGCUGAUCAACCAAGUCUUUGUACGUGCAACCAAGCAACCGUCUCGAGAUCAUUUCAGCAAAGCCCAACGCAAGCAUAUUGACAGCUGGAAGAAAGCUGUACUGGAGUUAUGUACAACGAUCCAAGCCGAGUUGGGACUGACCGAGAAGGGAGAGGCAGAUAUGGAUGUAUCGGACGAAGAGGAAGAGGUUUCAAUCAUCAAAGUGGAUCAGACUAACGUCAAUAAGACGCGGUCUCAAGAAGUAGAAUCAUGGAAGAGGAUGAAGAUUGAACUAGAACCAGCUCCUCCUCCACCACCUCCUGAGACAGUGGAUGUUGAUCUUGAAGACACUCCAGGUCCUUCUUCAGCUCCUUCUUCAGCUCCUCCUUUGAAGCCAGACAAUGUGAGUAAAGAAGAGGCAGAGAUUCUCCGAUGUCAGCUGGAGGCGUACCGUAACGAGGUGGAUCUUUUGAAGACAGAGAAGGUUCAAUACGCUGACGAGAAGGAGACGCAAAUCAAGGCGCUGCAGCAUGCACUCCUAGGAAUGCAACAGCAACUAAUGGAAGCCAAGAAUAAAUUGAAGAAAGACGACGAAACCAAGAAAUCAGAGAAGUCAGAUUCGGAGACUAAAGAGGCCAGUUGUAGUAAGAGUGACAUCACAUCGACUGAAGUCCCUCAACUCAUCGAGAAAGAUGCUAUGCUUGUUGGUUGCAUCAGUACAUUCCUCCAUGUUCAUCCAUUCGGAGCUUCAGUGGAAUAUCUUUGGUCUUAUCUUCAACGUCUCAGCUUCAGUGUCUCACCACAACAAAUAGAAGGUUUAUUAAGCAAGUUUCCAAAGAUGUUCAAGCAAGAGUUAUUCGGUGUUGGCGCAACGCUUGAGAAACGAUGGCAGUUUAUUGGCUACACAACAUGCAUGGAACAAUCACCAAGUGCCUGGAACUGAUCAUCGCUGGAUCAAAUCUUUAAGACUAACGGAGGGCUAUUUUUGCCGGCAAUUAAGUUGCUGUUGAACUGGGGAACUUUACUUUUAAAGGAUGAAGAUGUGCCUUGGAGUAUUGCUGCGGAGAAAUGUGUUAUUAUUUCUUCCUUCUGGAGAAGUGAAGUCUGUGUUGGGCAUGAGUCCAAGUGAAAAAGGCAUGACGUGUCGGCAAAUGCAGAAAUAUGUACAAAAAAAGGGUUGGUGGUGAUGUUUGAAACAUGAAGAGCGAAGAGUAUAAUGGGUCUAAAAACAGGUUGAACUGCUCCUGAUGGAGAAAACGAUACUGUCUUAAGGCCCGGUCACACAGGCCUCGAUAAUGAGAACCAAAACGAUAUUGUUAAAAAAUGCAUGCCCUCUAUUGGUUGAAUAAGCGUGGGCGUAUUCUGCGUGGAGCCAUUCAACCAAUAGAAUGUUUUCUCUUUGCAUCGUUAUCAAUAUCAUUUUUGAUAUCGCCGGAGUGUGACUUGCUCUUUAGUCUUAAAACAAAUAACUGCUGAGCUACUGGAUUUCCUGUUGAACACACAAACGUAAGCGCCUAACUACUGGAAAACCCACUGAUAAACAAAGA